AUGUGGGGGAGAAGAUCCAUUGCGGCGUCGAGACGCGCUGCACUCGAGGUCCGUCACCGAGUCGCUGUCCGCCCCUCCCCCUCCUUCUCCUCCUCGUUUCCGUCGCGCGCUCUUCGCCUGCAUUCCCGUCCCAAACUCCCACUGCCUGCGUCCAGUCUCCAUCUUGGAUUUACUCCCGCUCGAUUCUGCUCCGCUGAAGCUCGCAUGAUGGCGUCCGCCGAUCGAGAUACGCUGCCCGAUGUGGCCAAGCCGGUCAACUAUCACGUUUCGCUCUUCGACCUGCAACUCGGCGGCUCCUGGGGGUACAAGGGUAUUGUGAAGAUUGAUCUGAAGGUGACACGGGCCACCAAAGAGAUUGUACUCAACUCCAAGGAUAUCGAGGUCCAAGGCGCUGAAGUCUUGAGCAAGGAUGGAUCUCAAUUGGCAAAGUCAAGCGAUAUCACAUAUGAUAAGACAUCUGAGCGUGUUGCCCUGAAGUUUCCUCAGGAGGUUGCUCCAUCGGAUGUUGUGCUUGUCAUCAACUUCACUGGAACCAUGAACAACGUGAUGGCAGGUUUCUAUCGUUCCAAGUAUAAGUCUGUGGGACAGCCAUCCGCGGACACGCCCAAAGAAGAUGACUUCAACUAUAUGCUUAGCACUCAAUUUGAGUCGUGUGACGCGCGGAGGGCAUUCCCUUGCUUUGACGAGCCGAAUCUGAAGGCUACUUUCGAUUUUGAGAUUGAAGUCCCCAAGGGCCAGACCGCUCUCAGCAACAUGCCCAUCCAGUCGGAGAGGGAUGGUAGCCAUACCGGUCUGAAGUUUGUCACCUUCCAAAAGACCCCCGUGAUGAGUACCUACCUUCUCGCCUGGGCAGUGGGCGACUUUGAAUAUGUCGAGGCCAUGACUGAGCGUAAGUAUCAGGGCAAGAGUAUCCCAGUUCGGGUUUACACAACCCGCGGUCUCAAGGACCAGGCUCGCUUUGCCUUGGAAUGUGCCCACCGAACAGUCGACUAUUUCUCGGAAAUUUUUGAAAUUGAGUAUCCUUUACCUAAAGCGGACCUUUUGGCUGUGCAUGAAUUUGCCAUGGGAGCAAUGGAGAACUGGGGUCUUGUGACAUACCGGACAACCGCGGUCCUUUUCGAUGAAGGAAAAUCGGACAAUCGUUACAAGAACCGCAUUGCCUACGUGGUUGCACAUGAGUUGGCCCACCAAUGGUUCGGCAAUCUUGUCACGAUGGAUUGGUGGAAUGAGCUUUGGCUCAAUGAAGGUUUUGCUACAUGGGUUGGCUGGCUUGCCGUUGACCAUUUCUAUCCAGGUGAGCCCAUUCUCCUUAUGAACAGCUACCGUGUGCCCGAGGUAUAUCCUAUUGUCCCUGAGAUCAUCCCCAUUGACAUUAUACCACAGGCUGAAGGCGUGCAACAAGCAUUUCACCUCGACUCCUUACGAGCAUCCCAUCCCAUCGAGGUGCCCGUUCGGAACGCUCUUGAAGUGGACCAGAUCUUUGAUCAUAUCAGCUACCUGAAAGGUAGCUCGGUGAUCCGCAUGCUGAGCGUCCAUCUCGGCCGGGAGACGUUCCUGCGUGGAGUCGCCGAUUAUCUCAAGUCGCACGCAUACGGAAAUGCGACCACGAAUGACUUGUGGUCCGCCCUGAGCAAGGCUUCUGGACAGGAUGUGCAUGGCUUCAUGGAUCCUUGGAUUCGUAAGAUUGGAUUCCCUGUCGUUACCAUAGCAGAGGAGCCUGGACAAAUCAGCGUGCGUCAAAGCCGAUUCUUGUCUACUGGCGAUGCGAAGCCCGAGGAAGACGAAACCACCUGGUGGAUUCCUCUUGGUAUCAAAUCCGGGAAUAAACUGGCCAAUGUGGAUACUCGUGCUCUCACGGAGAAAUCCGAUACCAUUGGAGGUGUUGGAGAUGAUGGCUUCUACAAAAUCAACAAGGACCUGUCAGGGUUCUACCGCACCAAUUACCCGCCUGCACGCCUCGCCCAACUGGGCCAGUCUCUCGGGCUUCUGAGCACCGAGGAUAAGAUAGGCCUACUCGGUGAUGCUGCUGCUCUUGCGGUCUCUGGCGAAGGUACUACGCCAGCCCUGUUGGCCUUGCUAGAAGGCUUCAAGGGAGAGCAAAACUACCUUGUUUGGUCCCAGCUGUCUUCCACGCUGGCGAACCUUCGGUCUAUCUUCUCCCAGAACGAUCAAGUUGCUGACGGCUUGAAGAAGUUCACUCGAGAGUUGGCCGGUCCGGCUGCUGAGCAGAUUGGCUGGGAAUUCAAAUCCAACGAGGAUUAUCUGAUCAUCCAACUACGCAAGCUUCUCAUCGCCAUGGCUGGUAAUAGCGGUCAUGAUAGCAUCGUUGCUGAGGCAAAGCGCCGUUUCGACCUCUGGGCUACGGGUCAGGACAAAUCCGCCGUGCACACCAACCUUCGCUCGGCCAUUUUUAGCCUCAACGUCUCAGAGGGUGGCCGCAAGGAGUAUGAAGCUGUGAAGGAGGAGUACCUCCGCACGGAUUCCGUAGACGGUAAGGAGAUCUCUCUGGCCGCCAUGGGACGCACGAAAGACCCGGCACUGGUGCAAGAUUACCUAGACUUUGUCUUUUCCGACAAAGUGGCUAUCCAAGAUAUCCACAGCGGUGCCGUCUCUUUGGCUGCCAACUCUAAGAUGCGCCAUCACCUUUGGGAGUACAUCAAGACGAACUGGGCAUCGGUUGAAGCACGAUUGUCGUCCAACAAUGUUGUCUUCGAGCGAUUUGUUCGCAUGGGCCUAUCCAAAUUUGCUGAUCACCAGAUCGGCGAUGACAUCGCCAGCUUCUUCAAGAACAAGAACACGGGAGCGUAUGAGCGGGCUCUCGUCAUCGUGGCGGAUAACAUCCGGACCAACGCCUCUUAUAAGGAACGCGACCAGCCCGUGACUCUGGAAUGGCUGCGAGCCCAUGGCUACGCGUGA